UUUGACCUUUCUCUGCUGCAAUCAAUGAAGGUAGAGAUUUAUUUGUAACAUGUGGCCUGCGUUAUCGUAGCAUUGGGAAGAUAAAAAUCAGAAAGACGUCAAAAAAUGGCAUUUAUUUGGAGGCACAUGAUAAAAAGGUCAUUACUGCCACUCAAUCAGUCAAUAAUGAUACCAAAUCUUGACAUUCAUACCUCAAAAUAUAACUUUCAUGGGGAGUACGAAAUGCAGGAUCCCAAGUCAGAGGCUGAUAUAGUAAAUGUGACUUUUAUUGACAAAACAGGGAAAAGAAUUCCUGUGAAAGGAAAAGUGGGUGAUAAUGUUUUGUAUCUAGCUCAUAGAUAUGGAAUUGAAAUGGAAGGUGCUUGUGAAGCAUCUCUAGCUUGCACUACCUGCCAUGUAUAUGUGCACUUUGAUUAUACGGACAAACUUCCUUUAGCUGAAGAGAAAGAGGAAGAUUUAUUAGAUUUAGCACCAUUUUUGAAAGAGAAUUCAAGAUUAGGAUGUCAAAUUAUAUUAACUAAAGAAUUGGAUGGUAUAGAGUUAGAAUUGCCACAAGCAACAAGGAAUUUCUAUGUAGAUGGUCAUGCACCAGCUGCACAUUAACAUUUUAUAAAAUCUACAUCAAAAAAUGAAUUAAGGAUGUAGAGUGACGUUUAUUCAUAGAAGACUUCAGUCAGCAGUAAAUCAACGUUGAAAUUUGGUUAUUUUUUUAAAAAAGCCGCCAGAAGUAUGUAGCACCACCUAGCGUAAGGGACGAAAAUGAGCUUUCUGUUUUUCCCUGCAAGGGGCGCAAAAAUUAUAUUUUUAAUUCUUCUAUUACCACCAGAGGGCAAUAAUAUAUUUAAAAAAAGCGCGAAGUUUAAAUAAAUUUUCAACUCGUUUCUUCAUGUAGAUUUACCCCAAAUCCUUGUAUAGUUAAUAAAAUUGUAAACUUAUGUUUUAUUAAAUAUAAAAACUAGAUAUGUAUAAUAUGGAUCAAAUGUUACACCACAUAUGUAGUUAUAGUCUUCAAUUUAAAAAAACAUUUUCCGAAAGUAUUUUACUGUAUUUCAUAAACAUUUGGAACAACAAACUUGAUUUAUAUGAUAUUUUGUCAUGGUACAAUAUAUUUAUUUCUUAUACAUUUAGAUUAUGAUACAUAUCUUUUAAUUACAAUGAUACAAGAUUUAAACAUUUAUGAUAUAAUGAAUCUGUGAAUUAAAAUUGUAUUUGUUAGC